AGUUGUUCCAUGUGGUACCAUGCGAGUUCUGCACAACAGCAGAAGUUGCAUGACAUUCGUUGACAGACAGCUUUUUCACAUCUCUCCAAAGCGCUUGUAAAUGUGUUAUUUAAUGAUUUAGUCUUUUAGCGACGUGUACCCGUGCAUUUUGGUGUCAUCUGCACUUUAGAGAUGUUAUAUUUGGUCGGUCUCGGGCUGGGCGAUGCUAAAGACAUCACUGUCAAAGGGCUGGAGAUCAUCCGGAAGUGCAGUCGUGUUUAUCUGGAGGCUUACACAUCCAUACUGACUGUCGGGAAGGAUGCUUUGGAGGAGUAUUAUGGACGUGAGUUGCUCCUGGCAGACAGAGAUAUGGUGGAGCAAGAGGCGGAUGAGAUCCUGAAAGGAGCAGAUGUCUGUGAUGUGGCUUUUCUGGUAGUUGGUGAUCCUUUCGGAGCCACGACCCACAGUGACCUGGUUUUGCGAGCACUGAAUGCUGGGAUACAGUACCGCGUUAUUCACAAUGCCUCCAUCAUGAAUGCAGUGGGCUGCUGUGGAUUGCAGCUGUACAACUUUGGUGAGACGGUGUCUAUUGUGUUUUGGACGGACACGUGGAGACCCGAGAGCUUCUAUGAUAAGAUCAAGAAGAACAGGGAUAUGGGCCUGCACACGCUGUGCCUGCUGGAUAUCAAAGUCAAAGAGCAGUCCAUGGAGAAUUUAAUGAGGGGUCGGAAGAUUUACGAGCCUCCCAGGUAUAUGACUGUCGCUCAGGCAGCUGAGCAGCUCUUAGAGAUACUACAGAACCGACGGGAUCGUGGCGAGGAACUGGCAAUGACAGAAGACACUGUGUGUGUUGGUCUGGCUCGCGUUGGAGCUGAGGAUCAGACCAUCCGUUCUGGAACAUUGCGUGAGUUGGCAUCUUGUGACCUGGAAGGACCAUUGCACUCGCUGAUCAUUAGUGGACAUCUUCACCCUCUGGAGGUCGAUAUGCUGAAACUCUUCAGCAGUCCUGAGGGAUUGAAGAGCUUGAAGAUGACCGAUAGUUCCACAUACGUUUCCUGAUGUCCAAGAAACUAGUGGUCCUCAAGGGAAAGCACACAGAAUCCGGUCCAUGCGAGAGUUGCCGAACUGUCAGGAGUAGGUACAAAUGAUAUAAUUGUUCUUCCAGAUUAAAUCCGAACACUUGAUUAGGUGAUUCCAGAGUGGGAUGCUUACUUUGAUGUGUGGCAGUCAUGUACAUUGACUUAAAGAAAUGAUGGACUUAUAAUGGAGGAAAUGGAAAAGGUUAUUGUGGGGCAGCUCAUCUGGGUUGCAUUAGUGCCUCUGAUGCUUUCUUUUUUCAAAAUGGGCAUAAUGUUUCUGUAGCAAGAGGCUCUCAUAAUGGCCGUUUCUCAGUAAGAAUGUAUACAAGAUGGACACCGAGAUACUUUCAAGCAUGUUACCCACCCAUGUCAUAAUGGAUGAGGAUCGAUUUUUGUACAAUAAAGAUGCUCAUUUUGUGGCCACUGUUAA